AUGAAUAAUUCUACGAGGAGCCAACCAUUCGAAUUCAGUGAUUACAACCAGAGAGUCGUGGUGGCAAUGUUGAUCCUGAUAACGUCGGUUGUUGGAAUUAUCGGAAACUCCCUGGUGAUCAUAGCUGUAUUGCUGUCGAAGGUGCUGAAGUCUACAACCAUCGCCUUCAUUGUGAAUAUGAGUACAGCGCAUUUGAUGUGCAGUUUGGUGCUUCCAUGGGAUGUGGUAGCUCUGCUGAGUACGGGAGACCUACCCCGUGGUGAUCGUGAGUGGAUCUGCAGUGUGACCACCGUCGUCGUCUCCAUCACCAUUGGCUGCGGUAUUUACACGCUUGCUUCCCUUGCCCUCAACCACUUGCUACUCAUCGCUCGACCGACAACCACGUACCUGAAGAUCUUUACACCGAAGAAGAUUGCAGUGUGGCUGAUGGUCACUUGGCUGAUUCCGAUCUUUGUCAUCGUUUUACCACCACUCAUUAAUGUGGGUAAAGUCGGCUUCAAUGAGAAAUUCCACCUCUGUGGUACCAAGUCCUCCGACCAGGCAGGCUUCAAAACUUACAAUUUUAUCCGAGUUUUUGGCUUGUACCCGAUCCCCCUCGUUUGCAUCAUCGUCUGCUAUUCACAUAUCUGGCGUCUCCUUCGUUGUCCAGCCCAAGAACCAAAUUUCUCUACGGUUGGACGAGGUGGCAUCCUGAAUACGGACGUAUCAGGCGCCGGCAGCGACAGUGCUCGAUCUGCAUCAGCCUCGUUGGACACCAUCAGCCCGACUCACAUGAUCAACAAGACCAUGCCGUUUGUUGUCGGUGGUUUCAUAGUUCUUCUCCUACCGUAUGCUGUGUGUCUUUUCAUCAGCAGCUUUGAGCCAGCUGUACCAUAUGCAACUGCCAUCUUGUUCUCCAGCUGUUGCGUCAACCCAAUUUUCUAUGGCAUCCGGCAUCGUGACUUCAAGAACGUUUACGGUUGUAUUUGGUGUCGCCGAUGGAAUGACAUUCCACAACCCUCAGCUUUCUUGAACUCUGCCGUCAGACGGAUCAAGAGUCAGGGUAAAGAGGCAGUCGGUCUCCAUACUGAAUGA